CUAUUCCAUCCAUCACCGCCCAGCAUGUCAGGAGAGAAGCAGCAGCAGCAGGCCUCCGAGACCUCCCUCUCAGAUGAUGGAGAUAUCCAGACAUCGCUGGAGAGCGGCGGCGUCUCUCUCAAGCGCGCGCAUCGCAAACUCGACAAGCGCCUGCUCCUCUGGUAUUCUUUCGUCUACCUUAUCAUGCGCAUUCACGUGUCCAACAUCUCCAACACGGCCAUCAUCAACCUUGAGCAGGGCACUGGUAUCAAGAAGCAGCUGGGCAAUCUGAAUAGUGAGCAGUGGGCGUGGGUGCUGAGCAUUUUCUAUUACCCCUAUUUGUUCUUCGAGCCGCUCGCGACGCUGAUGUUGAAGAAGUUUACGCCCUCAGUUUGGAUGUGUCGGAUUAUGCUUACGUGGGGAAUCAUCUCCAUGUGUCAAGGAGCAACGCAGAACUACGCCGGCAUCCUCGCCUGUCGAUUCUUCCUCGGCUUAGCAGAGGCCGGCUUCUACCCAGGCGUGCUCUACCAUCUGAGUUUCUGGUACGCGCCCAACAAGCUAUCGCUGCGCAUUGCCUUCUUCUACGCCUCUGGCAUGUUCUCCGGGACUAUCAGCGGCCUGCUAGCCUACGCCAUCUCAUUCAUGAACGGAGCGGGCGGCUUGGCCGGCUGGAGAUGGGUGUUCAUCCUUGAGGGCUUACCAGCAGUGCUCUGCUCCUUCGUGACCUACUUCUUCCUGCCCAACUACCCGGAGACCGAGAAGUUCCUCACCCCUGAGGAGAAAGCUGCCAUUCUCGCCGACCUCCCGACCGAAGCUCCAAGCAUGAAUGCGAAGACCUUCAACGCCGCGCAGCUCAAGGAGCUCUUUGUCGAUCCGACUUUAAUCACUUUCCUCUUGAUUUGGAUCCUGCAUGGGAUUGGGGGCUUUGGAAUCUCGUUCGUGCUGCCAACUGUCAUAUACGAGCUUGGGAUGACAGACACCGCGAGAUCACAACUUAUGACGAUGCCCCCUUACUCACUCGUCUUCUUCAUCCUCAUGACCCUCGGCUACCUAAUCCACACCAAACGUCUAAACCUAUGGAUUGCCGGCCUCGGAAUCGAGAUUGCGCAGAUCAUAUGCUAUAUACUGCUCAUGACGGUGAAGAACAGCGUAGCCAAGUAUAUCUUCGUCAUGAUCGCCACUGCUGCUUCUCAGUCUUUCUUCCCUAUUAUCUGGCCUGAGCGUAUUCGAGUCGCCCACGGAACUACCACGGCUGGUAUCGCUAUCGGAAUGACAAAUGCCGCAGCGCAACUAAUGGGCAUAGUUGGCCCUCAAAUCUACCAAUCCAAAUUCGGACCAACCUACAGAGUCAGCUACGGCUGCUCGGUAGGUCUCCUAGUCGGCUGUAUCCUGAUGAUUAUAAGCACUUGGUAUCUCGUGUGGAGGCGUGAUCUGAAACAGAAGCAGAAAGAACGAGAAGAGCUUGGUUCGGCAGAUGUUGUGAAUGUGAAUGUGAAUGUCGAGGAUGGGAAGACAGCGUGAGGCGAUUUAAUGUUAUGUCAGCUAGAUAUGGGAGAGCGUAG